AUGCAUUUCCUGUGUCUUCACGGUGCCAUUGGCAACAUCUAUAAUAUCACUAUCCAGCUAGCACCGCUGCGGCAGGAAUUGGACACCGACAACAUCAAGUUCAACUACAUUAAUGCACCGGUGCCGAUUACCCCUCCUGAAGGUUUCGAUGAGUACUUUGGUCUCGGCCCACACUACCGAUGGGCGGAUGAUGGAGGAAUUGCCGAGGAUUCCAUGAUUAGCCGAGUCCGUCAGAUCCCGGUGGGUGACAAUGCCGAGGACGUGAUGCGGGAUUUAAUUGGAGAUCGAGAGAUGGUCUGGCUCAAUUACGAGCAGGUCAUAGACUACCUCUACGAGGAGUUGGAGAAGGACCCCGAGAUCGGCGGCAUCAUCGGGUACAGUGAAGGUGCCGGGAUUGCAUCCACGUUUAUCCUGGAUGAGCAGCGACGAGAGAGGGAAGAGGGUCGCCCUCGUCGUAUCAAGUGUGCCGUGUUCGUGACCGGAUGGCCACCGAUUAUCCCGAACCGUGGCCUUAUCCUCGCCGACGAACAGGACGACAUGAUCGAUGUGCCUAGUCUGCACGUCGUUGGUGCAAACGACCCCUUCCGCCACGGUGCUUUUGCCCUCUACAACGUCUGCGAUCCCGAUACCGCGGUUUUCUUCGACACCGGCAAAGGACACACCAUCCCGCGGUCAGGCAAGGUGAUCACGGAACUCGCAGAUGCGGUCCGUGACCUGAUUGCAAAGAGCUAUGACUUCGAGUAA